GUAUGAGAUUCUGGGUCGUUUCGUACGCCCCUCACUUCCUAGUUAAAGAUGGCGGAUCAGAAUGAGACAGCACCGAAUCCGGAGCAAGAAGAGGAGGCAGAAGUGAAUUAUGGACACUGCAGCGACUGUGAAAAUGAAGAGUAUCAUCUCAACGACGGUGACCAGAGCAGGGGGGAUGACGGCGGUGCCAAGAAAAAGAAGAAGAAACAGAAGAGGAAAAAGGAUAAAACGGGGAGCAAGGACGGACCGCCGGAUCCGCUAGCCAAAGUGAACUCGAUACCUCCGGAAAAGCUUCAGGAGCUUCAGACUGCCAUCGAGCUGUUUUCUCUGGGAAAAGGUCCUGCCAAAACCAUGGAGGAGGCUAGUCACCGCAGCUACCAGUUCUGGGACACACAACCCGUCCCCAAACUAGGUGAGCUGGUGACAUCACACGGUUCUAUUGAGCCUGACAAAUCCAGCAUCCGUGAAGAGCCCUACAGCCUUCCGCAGGGCUUCACUUGGGAUGCCCUGGAUCUGGGGGACCCCAGCGUGUUGAAAGAGCUGUACACCCUGCUGAAUGAGAACUAUGUGGAAGAUGAUGAUAACAUGUUCAGAUUUGACUACUCCCCAGAGUUCCUACUAUGGGCCCUGCGUCCUCCGGGUUGGCUUCCCCAGUGGCACUGCGGGGUUCGGGUGAACUCCAAUCAGAAGCUGGUGGGCUUCAUCAGCGCUAUUCCAGCCAAUAUGCGUAUCUAUGACACAGAGAAGAAGAUGGUGGAAAUAAACUUCCUCUGCGUCCAUAAGAAGCUGCGCUCCAAGCGCGUGGCCCCGGUGCUCAUCCGAGAGAUCACCAGACGGGUCAACCUGCAGGGCAUCUUUCAGGCUGUGUACACGGCCGGGGUGGUGCUGCCCAAACCCGUGAGCACCUGCAGGUACUGGCACCGUUCCCUGAAUCCGCGCAAGCUGAUUGAGGUGAAGUUCUCCCACUUGAGCCGGAACAUGACGAUGCAGCGCACAAUAAAACUCUACCGUCUUAACGAGGCCCCGAAGACGGCGGGCCUGCGGCCCAUGACCAGGAAGGACGCCCCGGAGGUGCACCGCCUCCUGCAGGAGUACCUCCGGCAGUUCAACCUGGCUCCGGUCAUGAGCUGCGACGAGGUGGAGCACUGGCUGACUCCUCAGGAGAACAUCAUUGACACCUACGUGGUGGAGAACGAACAGGGAGGAGUGACAGACUUUGUGAGCUUCUACACCCUGCCGUCCACCAUCAUGAACCAUCCGGUGCACAACAGCCUGAAGGCGGCCUACUCUUUCUACAACGUGCACACUACCACCCCCCUGCUGGACCUCAUGGGUGAUGCUCUCGUCCUGGCCAAAACGAAAGGAUUUGAUGUCUUCAAUGCACUGGAUCUGAUGGAAAACAAGACCUUUUUGGAGAAGCUGAAGUUCGGUAUUGGCGAUGGGAACCUGCAGUAUUACCUGUACAACUGGAAGUGUCCCAGCAUGAGCUCAGAAAAGGUGGGCUUGGUGUUGCAGUGACCCUCAGGUGCUACGGCUGGACUAGGAGACGACACCACGCACUGACCACCUGACCGAUGGACUGAUGGGCCUCCCGCUUCAGAGAACCCACCUUCCAUUUUUACUUUUGAACUUUGACCUUGACCUGCACUGCCGCUGUUAUGGGAGACCGGGGAGCCCCAACCCUCCCUUCGCAUGGAGCUGAAGCCAUUACCUUGACCAUUCAGACAAUUGCAACAACCGAAGACCAUCACGAUUGUAACAGAACACACAACACAUACACACUGACACCCACACACACAGUAAAUACAGGUAUCACAUGGUAAAGUCAUACACACAGUUAGUACUUUGUUGUUUUUUUUUCUCUCCACCACCAUGAACGCUUUUGCAAACAAAAAAAAAAGUCAUUCAGUUGAGCCAGAGCAAGUUUUAGAAGAAAGAAAAAAUAGAAAAUCGAACAUAAAAAUAAAUAACCAAAAUGGAUAAAAGGCAAGGCUACUGUCAGUUUUAUUUAGUAAGUCUGUGGCUUGACCCUUUCAGUUCCUCCUUUCCCCCUUCCCUCUCUGAAAAUGGUACAUUGAGAUAUAAUUGAGAGGUUUUGGUUUCUACAUUGCUUUUGUUAAGGAGACUGCAACCUCUUAGGCCCAGGACUAUCAUUGCACGGGGGGGGGUGGAGUGGUCUCCUGAAAGCUGACAGGUUCAAACUGGAAACUGCCUUGGCUGGGAUCAGGAUGAACUGGCCAGGCUGCAAUGGAAGGGGGAGUGGAUGGCUGGUGGUGAGCAUAGGGAGAUGACUGGAUGAGCGAACAUGGGGUGACCAUAAAAUACACUACAGUUGAGUGUAAGUGACAGGAAGUGUCUUGGAAUGCAGGCGGGGGUACCAAAGCCACAAACAAGAAGUGCUCCUUUUGGUUGGGAUGCCAAAGAAAAAGUCUUCUAGACGUCAGGUGACAUGGAUUUUUGGUGAAAAGGAGAUUGUUGCCAAAGAUGCAGGUUUUUGUGCAAAAUAAAAAAGAAAUUGCGUGCUCAACUGCUUCUCAACUGGAUGAAUUUGUAGACUGUUUAUGGUGUUUUUGUAAAUUGAUGGCAAUACCUUGAGCCCUGUGGGGCCCAGAUGUGUUCACCUUGCCUCUGGGGUUAAUUGAUGGCUUCAUUCACUUUUCAGUAUGCCUUUAUACUGGAAUGCGGGGCGACAUUGGCUCAGGUGGUAAGAGUAGUCGUCUGGCAGUUGGAGGGGUCGAAGUGUCCCUGAGGUAGACGCCUAACCCCCAAAUGCUCCUGACGAUCUGGUUGGUGCCUUGCAUGGCUACCAAUUGUCGUUGGUGUGUGAGUGUGUGGAUGAAUGGGUGAAUAAGAAGCAUCAAUUGUACUGCGCUUUGGAUAAAGGUGCUAUAUAAAUACCAACCAUUUACCAUUUACCAUUCUUAACUACUGUAGUUAUGUUACUGCAAUUGUACUUGGUCACAAAUUUCCAAAAGAUGAAUGCAAUGGAAAUAGGAAUAGGAAACCCAGUGUUAAAGGUCCCACAAACUGGAUUCAAAUUCUGGAUAUAUUCCCAAGAAGUGUUGAUUGUGUAUUUAAAGUUUUUAAACAAAUUAUAACCAUUAAAUUGUAAUAAAUACUAUUAUAUUAUUGUGA